AUGAGACCUUCUCUUAUACAGGUAAAGAAUGUAAGGGACUCACGCACUCGAGCCAAGACCCAUAACAAAAGCCCUCGCCCGGCGCAACACCCGGAAGAACCCCACCAUCUACGUGCCUACCACCCGCCUACCCGCCCUCUGCCACCCCCCACCCGCCCUCUGCCACCGCCUACCCGCCCUCUACCACCCGCCUACCCGCCCUCUACCACCCCCCACCCGCCCUCUGCCACCGCCUACCCGCCCUCUACCACCCGCCUACCCGCCCCUCUACCACCCCCCACCCGCCCUCUGCCACCGCCCACCCGCCCUCUACCACCCGCCACCCGCCGUCUACCACCGCCCAGUCUACCACCCGCCCUCUACCACCGCCCAGUCUACCACCCGCCCUCUACCACCGCCCAGUCUACCAUCCGCCAACACGAGGAGCCAGAGUCAUGA